CACCCUAGCAACAAUGUAAACAACUGGCCGUGGGAUCGGGAAAAUAUUGUGUGUGCGAACAUUGUUAGUUGGGAAUUAUUUUACUAAAUCGGAGUAGUUUUUACAGAAUUGCUUAACUGAAAUGGGUCAGGAUUACUACGGUAUUCUGGGACUUACUAGGUCCGCGAUAGAUGCGGACAUAAAGAAAGCCUAUCGGAAGUUGUCUCUGAAGUAUCAUCCAGAUAAAAAUCAAGAAACCGGUGCUCCAGAGAAAUUCAAACAGGUGUCGGAAGCCUACGAUGUACUAUGCGAUCCCAGGAAAAAGGCUGUAUAUGACCAGUUCGGAGAGGAAGGAUUGAAGAAUGGAGUACCAGAAGGAAAGAUGGAGAGUGGGGCGUGGACGCAUGGCUACACCUUCCAUGGCGACGCCCACAAAGUCUUCAGAGAAUUCUUUGGCGGAGAUAACCCAUUCAGUGAAUUCUUUGACGACCUCGAUGGGGACCUGAGCAUGGGCUUUGGUGGUCUGCGAGGCAGGGGACGCAAGAAGCAAGACGCAUCCAUCGAGCGAGACUUGACGCUGUCCCUGGAGGAGAUAUUCCAUGGAUGCACCAAGAAGAUGAAGAUCUCUAGGAGGGUGAUGAAUGAAGACGGUCACACCUCCAGCAUCCGAGACAAGAUCCUGACCAUCACGGUCAAACGAGGUUGGCGGGAGGGCACCCGCAUCACCUUCCCCAAGGAGGGAGACCAGGGGCCCAACAACGUCCCCGCCGACAUCGUCUUCAUCGUCCGUGACAAGCCCCACCCUCGCUUCAAGAGGGACGGAAACGAUCUGAUCUUCACUGCCAGGGUGCUGCUGGGUAAAGCACUGACGGGAUGCAGCGUGGAGGUACCGACGUUGGAUGGACGACUGCUGAAUAUUCCCAUCAAUGACAUCAUCAGACCUGGCUAUGAGAAGGUGGUCCCCGGUGAAGGCAUGCCGUUAUCCAGAGGUCCCGAGGAGAAAGGCAGCCUGAUCAUCCGAUUCGACAUCGAGUUCCCCAAACAACUGACUUCCGAGAAGAAACACCUCCUCAAGGAGGCUUUACUAUAAACAGAUGAGGCAACGGACAUGUCCAUUCAAUAGUUCGGGAAACUUUUUUGAAAUAUUCAGAGAAGAAAUGGUGUGCCAAGCACUCAUAGUGGUUAUUGCGUAUCAUGGUUACCAGUUUAAACCUAUGGCUCACUAUUGCUAUUGUCCAAGUACCAGUAGAAAUGCUUGUCAUUGAACAAUAUUAAAGCAUGUUUUUCUUCAAUGGAUUACUUUGAGCUCCAUUUCUCAAAAGAUGGAGGAAUGCUUAAACACAUUGAAUUGAUGAUUAGAACAACAUUGGGGAAAAUGUGAGUGCGAUAGAAAUAAAACCAAGGGAACAUUAGUGAGUCACUCAAAUAAUCUACUAAUAUAAAACUCUACAGAUUUUGAAAAACGUCAACAUUCUGACUUUAAUCGAUUUUGAAGCCAACAUACUUGAUAAUGAUCAGCAAAUAGAAUUGUACACAAGUAUAAAAACAAAUCAUUGCUUGGCAAAACCCCUGGAUGGGAAACAAAUACAAUAUUGUUUUAAUUUUUUUUCUCACAAGUUAUUGGCAAGAGAUUAAUACACUGCAACUGAAUAAAAAAAAAAGCUGGGGGAAGUACAUGAUUAGGUUCAUCAUAAACAUGUUAAUACAAAUGUUGAUUUGUGAAUUUGAAACAGAUUUUUAAUGAAAUGAUCUACCAAGUUGUAUUAUACCCUUUGAGAAAGCGAAAAAAACAAAAAAAAAGUAUCAUCCGUCCAUAAUCAAUUUUUCUGUAUAUAGUGUAUGUAAAGAUAUUUGUUUUGUUGGAAUAAACACACUUCUGUGGAAAUAACAUUUGAAA